UUUUACUAUAAAUACUAAAAGGAAAACACUGUUAAAAGUUAUGAAAGGUUAUUUUUAAUGAAACAACUUAAAAUAAAUUAUUGGCUUUUGCUUUUUAUAAGUACCAGCUUUGUGGUGGCGCAAGACGCUUCUGAUACUCCUAGAUUCGGUGCAUCAUGUGGUUACUUGGUCAAUAAAAUAUUUUGUUUUGGGGGUGCUGAAGACAUUUCGACAAGUAUCCCUUCAAAUACAAUGUUUAUGCUUGAUCUUACAACAUUUAUUGCAGAACAACCAGAAGGGUUAUCAAAUAAAUGGGUAAAGCUCAACACGGACACAAAAACACAAAACAUACAACCAAGAUACAAUCCACAAUCAGCGGGGCUCUCUGAUGGAAAAACACUAUUAAUAGUUGGUGGCGAUAUUUAUGGAAAUUCAUCAGGCGUUCCUCAAGCUCUAUCUUUUAACUGCGAAACUAUGACUUGGAGCACAUACCAAAAUUAUGAAGAUCCUCCUUUUGGAUAUAGACAAAUUUCGGAUGCAGCUUCAGUAUAUGUCCCUAAAUACGGGCUUAUGGUUCACGGGGGCAUAGAAACGGAAUACAAUAAUAGUUAUACAUGGUUAGGCAAAGACAUACCAAAAUAUAUAGACGACAGACUGGAAGCACGGCUUAUCGGUUAUACAGAUCUAGAAGUUGUAGACAUUAGAAACACAAGCAAUCCUUGGCUACCUUACGAACUAGAAAGCGGCAGACCAAGCACUUUUCCUUACCGCCAAGCAGCAAUUUUUGACGAUAGAUUUAACAAUAUUUAUUUUUUUGGCGGCUCAUACUACGAUCCUGGAUACAGUCGUAAAACAGCAUUUACGUUUGACAGGGUUAACAUGUUUAACUUUACAACAAAUAAUUGGGCGGAAAAACGUUUAAAUGGACAGCCACCAUCUCAACGAUUUGGGCAUACAGCUACAGUGGUGGGACCAAAUCAAAGACAUGUUCUCAUAUAUGGCGGACAAAAUGACGACUCAGAUAGGCCUCUACUAGAUUAUUGCUAUAUUUUGGAUCUUGACACUUAUAAAUGGACUCAGCAAUCGAUUCCGGUAACAAAAGGUGUAAUUUUGGCCAGAAGCAGACACUCAGCUGUCACCAUAACCAACAGCACAUUAUUUAUAGUAUUUGGCAUAGAAACCGAAUUUAAAUUAGCUGAAAAUAUACUCAUACUUAAUGUGACAAACCCUUUAAAUAUCACUUUAAUCAAUAAGCUAAAUGAUCCUUCUAAUAUCUUGCCAACAGAUACAGCAACAGAAACUAGCACAAAUACUAACACUGGUGAUACAGGAAGAGGUUUGACUACUAGCGCUAUUAUAGGCAUUGCUGUUGGAGUUUCAGUUGCGGGUAUAUCACUCAUUGCCUUUAUAAUUCUCUACAUAAUCAAAAAGAAAAAAAACAAGACAACAGAAAAAGAGGAGUCUUUAAUGGAGGUUGAUUGGGAAAAAAUCGAAAAUGAAUAUGCAAAUCCUCCUACAAAAUAUCCCGAAGGGCAUUUUAAAUACUUAUCUCAAGUACCAGAUGAUAUAUCUUCAAAUGAAAUUACACAAGUAUCUUCUUCGGGGCCAAUUUUAUCACAAGAUAAGCCGACAAUACAAAAUCCUGAUGCUAUUGACCACGAUAAAGUCAAUGAAGUGGACAUAGAUCAAUUGCAAAAGCCAAAUAAAUUAUGAGUUUAAAUUUCAAGAAAGUCAC